AUGGAUACUUUUCUUUCUCCACCAACUGAUCAUAAUCAUGCACCCAACCCUGAACGUAUUCCAGUAAUUGAACUACACAACGAGAUCAAAGUCAGAGCGGUUACAUCUGAAGAAUCAACAAGUAUCAUCCUCCAUUCAUCCUUACGAAUGUUUCCACUGAGCGCUACAAGCGAACUUCCUCGUACUGAAAUGCUCAAGCAAACGAUUCGAAGACAACGCCAGACACCAGCAACAACAUCAACUGAUGAUUUGACCGAUGAUUUAAGAAAAACUUAUCGUGGCGAAGAUUUUCUCCUGCACGAAGAGAAGGAUAUGAUUAUUUUCACCACGAAAAGUAAUUUAUCAGCACUGAAGCAAUCAAAACAUUGGUUCGCUGAUGGAACGUUUAAAGUAUGGGACUAA